AUGACGAAGAAACGGGGCACGUCUGUUGCUGGUGACCCACCAGCUGCCAGAUCGCCAGCGCCACGGUCGAAAGGUGGAGAUUGCCGAGGUUUGCUCAUCAAUUCCACCCACAUUUCGAAGUUCUUAGCCCCUGUUGUGACCAGAAAGACGCACGAAGUCCGCAACACAAGUUGCCGUGUGGUCAAGGCUGGUGGGCAAAUUUAUUUAGUGGAGUCCGGAAUCAAAAAUAGUGAGAAGAAAGGGGUUUUCCGCAUUGCUGCCAGAGCGGAAUUUCGUGGAAACACUUUUGUGCCCCACGGUGAUUUCAUGAAACAUUUCGCAAAGCACAGAGUUACCCGUGAAGAAUAUGAUGCCGUUAAGAAAGGCUGGGUUGACAAGGGCGGCUGUCAGUUGUGGGAGCUGAUCAUCAAGGAGGUGUACGAUCCCCCACUCUAUUUAGUUCCACGCCAGGGUGAGGACAGGCAGACAGGGUUGGCGCUGCUUGCUUCGGAGAUUUGGAUCAACUUCAAAUUUGCUGAUGUCUUUGAAGACAUUGAUUGCAGUCGUCCCUGGACAGCAACGCGAACGUCAGAGGUCGAUGUGAAGCAUCAGGAGCCGCAGGAAUCAUCCGGAGCAAGGGCAUCAUCAUCGGCCAUCUCAACUGCUCCAACUCCAUCCAGGGCCAUGGGUGGGCCACAGCAAGUGGACAUUCAGUUGGCAAAGACCGCUUUUCUUGCUGACAUGGAGAACCAUGGCUUAGCCACUAAUGUGAUGGAUCGCUUUGAUUUCUCUCAGCAUCAUGAUGAGAUCCCUGAUGAGGACGACAAGUGUUCAGUGCAUACUGAUUUGACAGUGGCUCUUGCUCGGACAAUCCUGGAGACCUACCCGGAGCUGGCCGAAUCUGUCAAUGAGGAGUCGACGUUUGCUGACGCUUCAGCAGCUUUGCAUGGCGCCGAAGCGAAGAGAUUCAUAUCAUCAAAGCCAGCUGAGGCGGGCUUGUUGCAAGAGGGUUAG